GCAUAGACGAAAACAAAUCACAUCAGUCACUGAAGCGAAAGAAAUGCUGAGCUUUGCUCAGUGCCAUUUGAGCCACAGCAAAAUCGUGACAAGUUCCACGAAUAUUUAUUUCCAGCAUAACACACAAGAAAUAGUUAAUGCAGUAGACGCAAAGGAAAUACGAAAAAAAAACAAAUUAAGUGUAAAAGUCUGCGACGCGGAAGUGGCAACCUCGCUAUAUUGCCCCGGCGCUGCCUAAGUUGCAUGCGCGGCUUCCAUACGCCCUGUGCUUGGUUUGAGUUGUAUAUUAGCGGUGCUGCGACGCCUUAGUCUCCAUAAGGGCGCCGUACAGGCGACGAGGCCACAAAAAUUCAUGCUUUGGCGCUGCUUAACAAAAAGCAAAUGAAAAGUGUUUCACGGAAUAUUUCAUUAGUUUUACAAAAAACCUCUGUGGGCAAAGACAAAAGCGCUGCAUACGCGACGGUCGAUACGUAUUUGGUGUGAUUUUUUUAGUUACUUGCCAUACGACCAGCUGGUUGUGGUCACGAGAGCGACACGAAAUUAAAUUUGUUGAUUGCUGCUGCAGCAAAGUAAAUGAAAAGUAUUUUAAUUUAAAAGUUCGACGAAAUAACUGAAGAAAAAGUGUUUACUUGCGGGUGUGCAUUACAGCGCUGCGCGUGCCACAUCCUACCGAAAGGCACAGCUUGCAGUUUGUUACGUGUGAGUGCAAAAAUGUCAGCAAUGCAUUGUCAGGCACUUUUUGUGCUGUUCGCUUUGCGCACUUCCUUUAUGGUGCAGGCUACGCCCGCGCCAUUACCCAUCGCUACCGUACCGUCCGCAACAGUGGCCACCACCACCACCAAUGCUGCGCCCAAUGUGAAUGUAGAGACGGAAGUGCUGCGCCUCUCUUAUGAGCUCGAGCGUUGGCUGGAUACUGAAAAGCGUCCUUGCCAAGACUUCUACGGCUAUGUUUGUGGCAAAACAGUGAAUAGCACAAAGGAGCAGGUUGAAGAGCGCUUGCAGCGCGAACAGCAAAAGUUUGAUAAAUUCCUUAGUGCCAAUAACAACGAUGAACUGCUCGAUGCCGAGCUGAAGCUCAAGCAAUUCUAUGACUCUUGCAAGAAUGCGCGCUCGGUGGAUGAGCUGAAGGGCUCUUUUAUGUAUCGCCAGAGUGGCGGUUGGCCAGCGAUCGAUAAUUCCGCAGCUAUGUUGCGUCGACGUCGCGCCAUGACUUGGAUGGAGGUGGUGAGCGCAUUUCACGAGGCCGGCGUGAAUUAUUUUUUCACCCAAAAUGUUGAAAUUAAAUCGAAUAAGCGCAUAGUUUACAUGCAAAUCGAGGAUGCGUUGCGUUUCACGUUGCACAAAUUCGAGCAAUUGGUGGGCGAAGUGUUGAAAGAGUAUGGCGUAGAUGUGGAUCGUGGUUGGCUGAUCGCUUUGGAGAUACUGAAUUUUGAACGCAACCGACGUGAGAUUUUAAAAGACGAUUUGAAAGAGGAUGACAUGGAGUACAAUUACGCUGAGUUCAAGGCCUCCUCUUUUGGCACAACGCUGCAGAUCGACUGGGAUGGGUAUUUCAAGAGCGCGCUUGGCAAAACGCUGAAGCCGAGCGACACGGUGGUGGUGCGCAAGAAAACCAAAUUGGUAAAAGUAUUCGAGUUUCUGCAGCAAACUACCAUGACGCGUUUGCUUAACUGGAUUUGGAUCAACUACUUGAUGGACAAAAGAAGCGCUGAUUGCCAGCAACUUGGGCAGCAAUUCUUUGAGCCCGUCUAUCAUCACAUUGUCGAGCAUGCCUUCCUCGAUAAAGUGCAAAUGGCGCAGUUGUACUCCAACAUCGGUCACGCGUACGACGAACAACUACCGCCCACCGCUUGGAUCGACGAAAUGUCACAGCAAAAUUCACAUCUCUUCCUCGGCCGCGUCAUGCACAUCACAUUGAAUGGGGACGACAACUUGGACGCCGAUUAUGCGAAAUUACAAAUUACCAAUCGCAACUUCUAUCGCAACCUCGAGAAAGUGCAACGUAUGCUCGCGCAGCUAAGCAAGAAUCAGCGCCCGGUUACGCGUGUGGGCAGCGCCUCCAUGGUCGACACCACACAGAUCGCCACCAACUUUAUGCGUAUUUUUGUCGCCGUCAGCGCGCUAAUGCAGCAGCAAAAUCUGACUACACCACUUAAUCAUAUGUUGGUGGGCGAACGCUUUGCUGAGCAUAUGAUUGCGGGCGGCAGCACCACACAAACGCCGGGCGCCUGGCGCAGCAUGGAGUCGGAACGUGAUUUUGCAACACUGCGCCAAUGCGUGCAACAGCAGGCUGGCGUUGCCGAGUUACCCUACAAUUUGAAUGAGUUAUUGGUGCGGUUGUUGGCUCAGCAAUUGGCGCUGCAAACGUACGAGCAGUGGCUGCAGCGCAACGAACGUUUGGUGCGUCGCUUGGAUAGUCUGUUGGCCGCAGGUCGUUUGCAAUUGUCAAUGCUGAAAUUGUACUACAUAGGGUCGGUGCUGACCGAUUGCCGGCAGCUCGAGAGUGGCGAGCAGAAGCAGCUGUUGAAGGGAUAUUUGCGCAAUUCGGUGAAAUUUCGACAGGCAUUCCGGUGUCGCGCCACGGAUGAUUUAUAUAUGCGCAAUACAUGCAAAGUCAACUGAGCGAGGGGUGGCAGAGGAGGGCGCAUAUGAGGAGCGGGACGAUUUUUGUCGUCAACUCAGCAAAUACAAAGCAAUUUAAGAUGCUAAGCUUACUCAUAUGAGUAUAAGAAAUAAUUGUAGUGGUUUACUUUUGGGUUUUGUGGCAAUAAUAAAAUUUGAUAAAUAA